AUGUCUUCAAACACAACCACGUCCCUUCUUCUUCCAGAGUACCGCGGCCACUUUGUCGCCGAAGUCGUUGGCGCUGAUCCCACGGCCACUACUUUCGUCCUUGACUGUGACUGGGACAAGUACCCGUGGGACGGCGACGAUGAUUGCCACGUUACCAAACGAACCUUUGUUGUCGGGCCAUGGGUUGACAAGACGCCUACACCUGGAGCUCCUACAAAAGGCAUCUACAAAGAGAUCUAUGUAGCGAAAGCGCUUGGAGAGGAAGUGGACGAUUUCUCUUUCUCUGCCGAGUGCCAAAUGAGUAAAACUUGGGCCGAGACAUGUACCACAGUCAAUAUUGGUGGAAAUGCCCGCUAUGGUGUUACAGCAACGUUUCCGCGUGCCACUGGCAUGGUGCUGGACGAGUUCUACGACGUCUACGGUUAUGGAGCUUUCGACUGGGUUCCUGUGACGGUCACAGCUGGCCAGGAGUACCUUUUGGCUGCCAAGACUACUGUCGCUGCUUCUACUGAGGCAUCCACCACAAGCGACGCUAAGCCUACAAAGGAGACAACAACAGGAGACGAGUCUGAAAAGCUCGUUAAGAAAGAUGUUGUUACCCUGGAAGGCAAAGCCUCACCUACAAAGGCUACUGCCAGUGAAGCUUGCGCCAAACGUGUUUUGAGUCUUUGGGGUCUGGUUGGAUUAGUUGCGGCUAUAGGUUUCUUAUAG